GGCACUCGGGGGCGUUGUUUUGAGGUGACACCGGAAGUGGUUGUGUUGUCAAGUUGUGGUGAUCGGGGAGCUCAGUUUGCGCGGAGUUGGAGCAGAGGCACCGGCGCCGGGCCCGGAGGUCCUGAUGUGUCUUCAACCAAAUUGUUGUUUGGAAACAGCAUGGCAGAAGGUCCUGCAAAAUUGAGAUAUCGACGGUUGGAACCAACUAUCCAGAAGUUUGUUAAAGUUGCAAUCCCAACAGACUUGGAACGGUUGCAUAAGCACCAGAUAAAUAUUGAGAAGUACCAACGAUGGGGUCAGUGGGACAAGCUGCACCAGGAACACAUCAACGCAAGCCGUACUGUGCAGCAACUACAAGCUAACAUGAGGGAAAUGGAAACUAUAUGCCUUCGAGUAAGAGAUGAAGAUUCUCAAGCUUUGGAGAAGAUAAUAAACCCUGUAAAGGAGCGGGCUGCAGCAGCUGUUGAGGAGUUCCUGAAACUCCAUUCACAGCUUUCCGAAGUGCACAGUGACCAUGGAAACGUAGAGAAUUCGCAGGACCCGCACUCAUCUCUAGUGCGAUCCCAGACCAUAGCAGGAACAUUCACGGGUUCACAAGACUCUGGCUCACCACUGCACCAACAUUCGGUUCAGCUGAAUGUGCCCCUGCCACAGAUUCCGCAAGAUCAUGACGCAGCUGAAUCAUGGGAAAACCUAGAAGAGAAUUUGAUUGAUCUUAGUAACUUGGUAACUGAAUUUUCCCAGCUGCUUCAUAUCCAACAGGAGAAGAUUGACAGCAUUGAAGACCAUGUCAGUACUGCUGCUGAGAAUGUUGAAGAGGGAACCAAGAACCUGGCCAAGGCCGCUAAAUAUAAACUUGCAAUGUUGCCUGUGGCAGGUGCUCUCAUUGGUGGUGCGAUUGGAGGGCCUAUCGGUCUCCUGGCAGGCUUCAAAGUGGCAGGGGCUGCAGCUGCAGUUGGAGGGGGGAUACUGGGCUUCACAGGAGGGAGAAUGUUACUGAAGAACCAGCAGCAGAAGAUAGAUCAGGAACUUGCGCUUUCUUCCAGCUGCCCAGAGCUGAAGACUCAAGCUGGAAAAAAAAGCUAGCUGAAUUGACUAAAGCAUUGGCCCUUACAGAAAGUAGUGAGAAAAUCAUUUCUUCUUUUUAAAAAAAACAUGAUUUGCAAGCUGUCAACAAUAUUAUCCAACAAUCUUAUUGUAAAUGAAAGAUCAGCCUAAUCAAUGAUCAGCUGUUUUGAACACUAUUAAUGU